ACUGCUUCAUUUGGGGUCACUUCUUUGUGUUAAUCAGACUAAAGCCAUUUCUUUGAGAAAAUGAAGCCUCAAAGUUUAAAAGCUGAUAUAAAAUGGAGUAUUUUAAAAAUGACUAUUGAGGAUUUUGGAGAAAUGCACUUUCUUUUAAAGCUCUUCAUAUUCAUCAUAUUCCGAGAAUUCUAUUUCGAGAAAGGGUGGAAUACAAAUGAAUUUCUUUCCGAAAUGUACCUUACAGAUGAAAACCUACUUGUAAGGCAGCAAAUAUUCGUUAUAUAAUACAUUAAAAUACAUUUAACCGAAAAGUUAACAUAAAAGCACCCUCACUACGACUUAAAAGAUGCUCGAUUUGAAGAAGAAAGAAUGUCCACUAUCACACUAGGAGUUAUUAGCAAGCCAUACUCCUGGCCAUUAAAAUUGCUGCACCGUGAUGAAAAGCGGUGGUACUGUUCCAUGUAUGAAAUGAAACAAUUUCUCCUUCUCUUGAUCUUAGAAGUGCUAGUGGUUAAUGUAAAGAAUUUGGAUACAACUAUAACAGCACGUAGAAAUGUGGAACCCCUACAGACUUUGCCAACUUCUAGAUGGUCCCAGUUUUUUAUUAUUGGAAAUCCAAGUGUCUCAGAAGAUCUUUCUAAAGGGUAUUAUUAUAAAGUCCUGGAAAACCAAGUGGUUGUAAGUAGAUUGCCUCCUCCUUCUCAUAGCCAAGUAAAUGCAUUGCCAGCCGUACAAUCGCAUGAAAUAAGGAACUCUCAGAAAGGUCAAGCAGAAUUACCUUCGAUUCCUAAUCUGGGUUUUACUCAUCUUGUUACAGAAGAAAGAAGUAAUAUUCAAAACCCUGAACCUGUACUAACAGAAGUAGUUUCAAGUAGACCAGAGAAAGAAUUUCUUCCAGAACAGGAAGCUGCUUAUUUCUCUUAUAGACCAGAAAAAGCAAAGCUAUUUCCUUUAAGACAGAAUUUCGGCAGGAAUAGUAAACAGAUCAGAAAUCAAUUACUAAAACCACACGACCGUUUUGAAAAAAAUAACAAUAAAGAUUCUCAGAAAAGUGAACCAUCCGUAUCGGCUGAUUACUUCAAUACAAGAAAUUUAAGAAGGCUGUCUUCCAACACCACCCUCCGAGGUAAUGAGAAAAUUGAAGGAAAUGCUAGUUCACAGAGGAGCCCAAAGCUGAACGAGAAAAUUCCAUUGCACUCUAUUCGAUUGCCUAUUCGUGGAAUGAGGCAUAAAUUAGUGUCAAAUGAAAGACGAAUUUUAAGGCAACCCGAAAAACCUCCUUCUAAUACUUUGGCGCACAGUGCGAACCUUACUGGGAGAAGAAGUCGCAAACAAGCUGGUAUUGAAACUUUGAGAAACGAAAAUGACUCACAAGAAACCUAUGCCGGUAGACUUUUAAACAAUGAAGGAAGAGCAAUAAGUACUAUUCUAUAUUCAAAACCUACGGAAAAAAUUCGUUUUGGGCAACGUCUUCGAACACUAAAGCCAAUAAAUGCAUUUUUAUCGAAAAAUAAAAGUGAAGCAAUUGAAACUGUUUCAACACCGGGAUUAGAAAUACGCUACGCAGAUAAGACAACUGUAGUUCAAAAUCUCAAACCUCUUCUUAAUUCUUCAAACGGAAAUUCACACGAUAAGACGAAUUCUGAAGAACCUUUGCAUUUAUUUAGAAUCUCCAAGCCCAUUAGUACAAUUUCUGGUUCAAUCCCAAUUAAUGCCAACAGCUAUCACCAAAAUCAAAACACAAAUCCUGAAACACAACGCAUUCUUAACAAGAAUUACUUCCUUCGAUAUCGAGGUGCUGCCGAUGUUCCAAUAAAAAUAGAAGUUUCACCACAAUCCCAAAAUAUUGUUCAGAAUUUAACAAAAAGUGUUAUAUCAGGAGAAGGAGUAAAUAAAAUGGAAUUGUAUGAAACUGAAUUUCUUCAUAGUAAUAUGGAAUCAGAACGAAAACAGGAACAAGCCUUUAAAGAAGCUUUAUAUCCUCCACCUGAGUCUUCUGUUCCAAAAGCAAAGAAUCCAGACAGAGAAAUCAAUCCGAAAGAAAUACCAAAAGUAAAUGCUGGAGUUCCUCUUGUUUAUAUUUCUCCAUUAGUCGCAUAUCGCGAGCAAUUUCAAAAUGGCCCAUCACAUGUAAGUGAAAACAGAAAAAACUUUCAGCAGUCUCUACCGAUCCAGGCAAUACCAAAUAACACAGAAACAUUUGAAACCUCUUACUUGGAAAGGCCCCCGCAAAAUAUGUACAACUUAUAUCAACAUAGAAAUUUAAAUGAAAAGGUUUCUCCUUAUCAAACUCAUUCGCUCUAUCCACUUCUUCCUCACUAUCACAUUCCCCCAUCUCAGUAUCAGUACCUUCCGCAGGAAUAUUCUUUUCCAGUUCCCCAGUACAAUCACAGGCAUCCAUGGGCUUUCGCAACUUUACAAAAUCAUCAACUGCAACAAUACAAUCCGCUUAUUUCUUCUCUUCCAUUAGUUAAUCAUCCUAUUUCAGGGCACCCUGAUGCUCAACUUCUGCAACCCACACUGAACAGCCCUAGUAGACAUUCUCACACCAGACUAGAAUCAAAUGAUCCUUCAUUUUCGCAUACAAGAGUUGGUAAUGGAGAUGCCCUUUUAUACUCUGCUGAAAAGAUGAUGCGUAAAGAAAGUGUCGAUUUCAGUACUCCUAAUACUCCUACUGGUUCACAAAGCCAAAUGUUUCACUUCGGAAUGUCUGGAAGUUUUAAGCCCGUAAUAAAUAUUAUCACAGAAAGAGGAUCGAAGUUAGACUUAAAUCAUCCAGAAUCACCUAAAAUGAGAGAGAGUAGAAUUGGUACGCUUGAUUCUCUUGUAAAUUCGCCAACAAAUAGUUUAUUAAAUCCGAAAUCCAUUUCUUUAACCCAUGUGCAUGAUAUUGAAAAAACGAAUAUGAGUGGCAAUUUUGAAACUCCAAAUUUAAGUUCUUCAUUUAAAAACCGUAGUUCUAAUACUUUAAGUUUGUUAAACGAAACACCACCAUCAGAGCUACAUUCUCAUUUGUUCAAAAUUCAUGCAUCCGAAAACGAAAAACUCACUCAUCUCAUAGACAGUGAAGGAUUUCAGUCUGAAAAGAAAUCCGCAUCAGAAGAAGAACCGCUUCAAAAUGUUACAUCUCCAACACUAAGGAAAAGGAUAUCGUCCGUUAAUUCGCAAAAUGGUAAUAAUGUAAUGGAGGCUAUGAACAGAAAUAAUACUGAAUCAAAUUUUUCUACAGAUAAGAAUUUUAAUGAGUUUAUGUCGCUCAGUAAUCCAAACCGAAAAUUUGAAACUAUACCUGAAAUAACAACAUCUUUUAGCAAUUCUAGUUUAGUCGAUGAGAUAGUAUUUACGACAACUCCGUCAGCAGUAGAAUUGCUACCAAAUGAUGAUAAAAAUAAUCCUUUAGACACUGCUACUCUUGAAACUCAUAGAGGUUCAUCAAUAGGUAAUAUUACUAUGGAUUUUCUGAACGCAGAUACUGUUUCUAUAAGAGCAGAAGACAGUAAUUAUCAAGGAAAAGAAAUGGAAAUUCAGCAUGAAAAGCAUCUUACCACAAUAAAUGGAAAAAAUGAAAAUAGUCCAGAUGUUAAUAAUGAACUAACUACAGAAGCUAUAAUUCAAACGGAAACAACAUUAACCACUGCUGCACUUACUAAAAUGAAAAAUAAUGAAGAAAUUAAAUCAACAACGCCAUAUUCCUUUGGAAGUUUUACUGAUAGUGAAGAUAAAAGCUUCCUGAUCACUGAAAGUGACAUGCAAAGUUUAAAUAAUACUGAAAGACCUGAGAAAGAAAUCACAAUAGAAUUAGUGACAGACCCUAAUGGAGUUAUUGAGUUCUCUGAAACUACAACAAUUACAGCGACCACAGAAGGACAAACAAAUUCUUUUGAAAUUGAAUCUCUUACAAAUACUGAAGUAGUAAGCUCACAUACCAAAAUUACAAAACUGCCUGAAGCAGCAAUAGAUAAAGUUACUACUGAAGUAGCAAAAAAUUUAUUUGAAACUGAAUCUUCUUCUGAUGCUGAAGCGAAAAGCUCGCCUAUCAGAAAUGAAGAAUUUUUUAACACAUCAACAGGCAUAAUCACUACAGAAGCAAUGACAAAUUCUUUUGAAGCUGAAUUGUUUACUAAUACUGAAGAUACAAAUUUUAUGACGAAUUCAGAUAAUAAAGAAAGCGAGAUAGUAACACUUUCUGAAAUCAGUAUUAGAAGAAACUCGAAUAAAACCCAGGAAGAUGCAGAUAUUUCUCUUAACAAAACGUCAGAACUAGUGAAGGCAAUAGAAUCAGUUACAGAUAUCUCUUUAACUUUUCCUACAGAAAAUGGAUUACGGGUGGAAAGUAUAAUGCCUUUGAGGAGAAAAUCAGUAGAAAAUUCUUCGCUGGAAGACGAUAAUAACCGUGUUGUUAACAAUACUCUUCAAGAAGUCUUACCUUAUAUGCCUACUCUCAAUUCAAGUGCGAAUUUUUCGAAUUCAAAUGAAAACCAGAAUCUCAUGGAAAAAGCAAAUACUUUUGUUACAGCAAACUCUGGUUCAACCUUUCAACUGAAUUUCACUAAUAAAAGUAAUAAUACAACGAAUUCUAUUCUUAAAAUAUCAUCCAUUCCAGAAGAGGAAAUAACCACAUUAAAUCCUAUGACAGUUACUUCUGCAAGGAGAGUAGUUAGACCUGAUAAUUUAAUACUGCGAGAAGAUUUAUCUGUUUAUACUUUUAAAGAAAUUCCUCUUAAAAGGAAAAGUAUUUGGGUCUCACGUGAAACUACUACUCAGCUUAGUGUAAAUGAAGUUACUGAAAUUGGAAGCUUAUCUGAUUCAAUUAACAUCGAAGAGGAAAUGAAAAGGAAUAAAAGCAAUAGUAAUUUGAAAAAUAGUAGUGAUACUACUCUUCAUUUAAUAUUUCAUAACAACGAUUCGUUGUUGAACAAAACAGAAGACCUUAGCAACAAAAUGACAUUAGAAGAGAGAAAUUUGUUAAAAGUUUCAAAUCUUGAAGAGAAAGAGCCAGAGCACAAUGAAUAUGAAGUUAUUGAACUUCCCAAGGAUGAGUACAUAUUUCCUGAAAAUACUGUCAUAAUGCCGAACCUCACUCUUAUAAACGAUAUGACAAGCGGUACCUUUGCGAAGUCUAAUAUAACUUUGAGCAAUGUUAAGCCUGUUAUAACUCCUGAAGUCUUAUAUUAUGAGAGUCUGCUUGUUCGUAAUACUACAGGAAAUAGUUCUGAAAAGGAGCAAGACAUUUUUACUACUCCAGCAUCUGCAGAUAUCAAACAAAAAAAUUCUUCAAAUGAGAAUUCCGACUUCUCAGAUACCUUUGCUGACAGUGAAAGUGCCCUUGAAUCAUCUACAAACUCUUUGACUGAUAACAUAACUACACAAAAUUAUAAUAUGCCCUUCAUAAAUACGAAAGAACACAUACUAAACGAAAAUAAAGCAAUAAAUGAAUAUUCAACAAUGCUUAUUACAACGACUGAUGUCGAAGAUAUGACGGAAGAAAGCACGUUAAUAACAUAGCAAUUUAUAUUGUACGAAAUUACUCCUACAAACUAUUGUAAUUAAUAUUAUUCAUACUAAAAAUAUUGAGCUUUUUUUUACGUAGUAUUUUAAUAAGGUUUUCAAAGCAUUUUCGUAAAACGAGGCUGGCGGUAUCAUCUUCUGCAUAACAUUUUGUACUUUGUGAGCAUGAGUAAAUUAUUACUUGAAACUUGACAGAAGCACAAAAUAGUACUCUAAUGUUAAAAUUUAUAUGGAAAAUAUAUGAAAGAACUUGUAUAAAAUUGUUACCAUUAAUUUAUUUGAAUAUGCCCUUUUCUGUUACUCCUUUCACUUCUUAUCAAUUCUUGACUAUAAAUGAACAGAAAUAACGCGUAAGCUAAUUUUGUAAUGUAUUAUAUUGCGUAAAUAAGCUAUUAUUCACACAUAGUGUAUCACGCGUGCAUAGGUAAGCUUGAAAAUUGAUAGAUGAGCAAAACAGUAAUUAAAUGCUAAAAUAUAUAUGGAACAAUAAAUGAAAGAACUUGAUAAAAUUGUUAACGCUAAUUUAUUUUAAAAUAUUUAAUUCUGUGAUUGGUUUCAUGUUAUUAGAUCUUACUACGAAUAAUUAAAAAUUAUGCAUAAAUUAUUUUUGCUAAGUUUUUAGAAAGGAAUAUCAGUCGUUGGUCAUUGUGUAGUUUAUUGUUUUCGCUUUCUUAACUGUUUAAUGUGUAAUAUUUUUCUCAAUUACUACUGAAUGUUAUUAUGAUUGUAUCAGUAGACGAAUAUGGUCUUUACUAAGGUUUUUCUGCUAAAGCGUGUCAAGUGUACAAUUAUUUACUACUUUGCCUUUCAUAAUUGGAGGUGCAGACGUACUGUGAUAAUCAUUUUGUUAAGAAUAUACUUAAAUACUUUUUUAGGUAGAUGUAGAAGAAGUGUAUGUCUUUACUUGUUUUUUGUUUGUAAGACUCAAAUUAUAUCUAAAUAAAAUUAAUAUUUUUUGUAA